AACUCGAUCCUGGCUGAGGCUGAGCGUUCCCUUCACGAUGCUCUUUGCGUGCUAGCACAGACUGUAAAGGAUCCGAAAACAGUGCUGGGUGGUGGUGCUUCGGAAAUGCUCAUGGCUGAUGCGGUUGCUAAGAAGGCGGCAGAGACCCCUGGCAAAAUAGCAAUGGCAAUGGAGGCGUUUGCAACUGCCCUUCGCCGCAUUCCUGGGAUAAUCGCAGACAACGGUGGCUUCGACAGCGCUGAACUGGUUGCUCAACUGCGAGCUGCGCACGCCUUAGGCCAGAAGACAAUGGGAUUGGACAUGGAACAGGGCGUUGUGACCGACGUUGAGAAACUGGGAAUUGUCGAGUCAUACAACGUAAAACGACAGAUAGUUCUCUCGGCGUCUGAAGCAGCUGAAAUGAUUAUCCGUGUGGACAAUAUAAUGCGGGCUGCACCUCGCAAACGUCAAGGACGCCAGUGA